AUGGAUCAGACGUUCGAUACUGAAGGGGAGAUCCCCAUGUUGGACAUGAACACCAAGAACAGCGACGACGUCACCACACUUGAAACCGACGUUACCGAAAAUGGAAGAAUCAAGUGGUCCAACCAAAUGGAUUUUUUUCUGUCUUUGGCUGGGUAUUGUGUUGGUUUUGGAAAUUUGUGGAGAUUUCCCUACUUCUGUAACAGAAAUGGUGGAGGGGCAUUCCUGAUCCCAUAUCUGGUCUGCCUUGUGCUGGUGGGCCUGCCGCUGUUCUUCAUGGAGAUCGCCAUUGGUCAGUUCUCUGGACGCGGGGCAUUACAUGUGUGGAGCAUUUGCCCGUUGUUCAAAGGCCUGGGCUAUGUGAUGAGCAUCGCUUCCUUCAUUUGCGCCUUCUACUUCAACCUGAUCAUUGCCUGGGUCCUGUACUACCUGGUGAUGUCCUUCUACCCUGUCCUGCCCUGGACCACCUGCUCCAACUGGUGGAACACAGCCGCAUGUACUACCUGGGACUUACAAGAUGUCUCCGUCAACAUAACGACGGGCAAUGCCAGCGUUGUGUACAACGUCAGCUACACGGAUGCUGUGACAACGUAUGGGAACGUCAGCACACACCCCAGCAACGACAGCAACGACAGCAACUCCAACGUCUCCAGUUCAGCAGCAGAGGAGUUCUGGAUGUACAACACAUUGCGUGUUUCUGCUGGACUGCACGACAUGGGAGGGAUACAGUGGCAUAUGGCUCUCGCAUUGUUCGCUGCAUGGGUCCUUAUAUUUCUCUGUUUGAUAAAAGGUGUCAAAUCUGUCGGAAAGGUGGUAUACGUGACGGCUCCCCUGCCCUAUAUACUCCUUACACUGAUCCUCAUCCGGGCCGUGACGCUGCCGGGAGCUACGCAGGGCAUCAUCUACUACAUCAAGCCAGACUUUAGUCGACUUGCUGACUUCCAGGUGUGGUUGGAGGCGAUGCUGCAGAUGUUCUACUCUCUCGGCGUCACCUGGGGCGGCCUCCACACCAUGGCCAGCUACAACAAGUUUUCCAACAACUGCUACAGGGAUGCUGUCAUCAUCACAUUCCUCAGCGAGGGGACGAGUUUCUACGCAGGCUUCGCCAUCUUCUCCGUUCUUGGAUUCAUGGCGGAGAAAAAAGGGGUGCACGUGUCAGAGGUUGUCAAAGCAGGUCCUGGUCUUGGCUUCGUGACUUACCCGGAAGCCCUUGCACAGCUACCGUUGCCACAGUUGUGGGCGGCGAUCUUUUUCAUCAUGCUUGUCACCGUGGGAGUGGACUCCGAGUUCGCCACUUUUGAAACGGCAGUGACAGCAUUAAUAGACACAUUCCCACACCAACUCAAUAAAAGACGAAGCUUGGUGACUGGCACUGCCUGUGUCUUCUGUUUCAUAGUUGGUCUCGUUCUUGCUACAAAGGGCGGCAUCUAUCUGUUCGUGUUGAUCGACUGGUAUGUGGCGACCUUCAGUCUCCUUCUUGUUGGGAUCAUGGAGUGUGUCAUCAUCGGAUGGAUAUACGGUGCGGACCGUUUUAGUAGCGACAUCGAGAUGAUGCUUGGACGGAGACCCCCUGUGUACAUGAAAACACUCUGGUGCUUUGUAUCUCCAUUUCUCAUGACUAUAAGCCUUGUAUUGACAGUCGUUCACUACGACGCUCCAACCUUUGGCGACUACGUGUACCCGACAUAUGGCCUCGCUAUUGGGUUCUUCAUCGGUCUGGUUUCAAUAGUACCAGUACCAGUUUGUAUGUUACAAGAAUUACUAAAGGCAAAGGGAACAUUUGUUGAGCGAGUACGCACCUGUCUGAGGCCUGACUCCACGUGGGGGCCGAUCUCCAGGAGGCACCGUGCUGAGUACUCCAAGCCUGUGGAGGAAUCGUCCUGGAGGAACUCCUUCAGGAUAUAUAAAUGGUACAACACAUUGCGUGUUUCUGCUGGACUGCACGACAUGGGAGGGAUACAGUGGCAUAUGGCUCUCGCAUUGUUCGCUGCAUGGGUCCUUAUAUUUCUCUGUCUGAUAAAAGGUGUCAAAUCUGUCGGAAAGGUGGUGUAUGUGACGGCUCCCCUGCCCUACAUCUUCCUCACAGUCAUCCUCAUCCGCGCCGUGAUGCUGCCUGGGGCGGUACAAGGGAUCGUCUACUACGUCAAGCCAGACUUCAGUCGACUGGCUGACUUCCAGAACCUGGCCAAAUUGGAAGCUGCAUUACACGAGGAAUGGUGUGGACUGCCCCUUCAGAGGAUCAGGAGGCUGACAGGGGGUAUGAGGAGUCAUGUGGAGUUUGCUACGAUGGAAACAACCAUCACAGCAAUUGUCGAUGCAUUCCCGAAACAGCUAACUCGUAGACGUGGUUUAGUGACAGCGGGUGUCUGCACGAUCUGUUUCAUUGGUGGCCUUGACUUUACUACACGGGGCGGUAUCUACGUGUUCGUGUUGAUCGACUGGUAUGUGGCAACCUUCAGUCUCCUCCUUGCCGCGAUCAUGGAGUGCGUCAUCAUCGGCUGGAUAUACGGUGCUGUUCGCUUCAGUCGCGAUAUUGAGAUGAUGCUGGGACGAGAACCACCCGUCUUCAUCAAGUUGCUCUGGUGCUUCGUGACCCCGAUUAUUUUGUGUGUUUGCUUUGUCAUGUCUGUGGCUCAGUAUGAAGCUCCAACGUACGGUGACUAUGCAUAUCCGGCAUAUGGCGUUGCCAUGGGGAUCUGCAUUGGUCUGGCGUCCAUGGUGCCGUUGCCAAUAUGUGUGAUCCGAAGACUGUCAAAGGCAAAGGGGACACUUCUAGAGUUGGACGGCGCGUCAACAACUACUGAACACUCUGAACUUGGCGCUGCACUGCAGGAGGAACUGGAUGGAAUGGACCAAGCUGACGUUGGACAAGAAAGCACGAAAAUACGCUUCGUCAGCAACUUAAGAAAGAGAGACAGAGAAGAGACUGUCCAGAUGUCAUCCCUAUACAAUGACGAGGUUGCCAGACAUGAAGACGUUCGAUUCCUGCCAUCUUUCCCCUCCAUGAGCAGCGCCCUGUACAGACAUAGAAGAAAGAACAUCCCAGCACUUCCACAGACAAGAUCCGAGGUUGAUCAAAACGGCGCCUGGACAGAGACAACUGAUGGGAGAUCUUUCCUUCUGUUAAGUGAUGGGGAUGACGACAAGAUGCUAGUCUUUCCAACAAGUGAGCAGCUCCAGGCGCUUCAGUUUGUUUGCCUUCUCCCUGACCGCCAGUCAACAACUUACACUAGACUGUUCAGACUUCUCAAGACUGAAGUGCAACAAAGGCUGAAUCGUCCCCUAGCACCCGCCCGUAUUCAAACUGACUUUGAGAUUGGCACCAUCCGUGCAGUGGAAAGUGAGUUUCCUGGUAUCGAAGUGAAGGGAUGCUUCUUUCACUACUGCCAGGCCAUUUGGCUCAAGACUCAGGACCUCAGACUGGCCGUUCAAUAUAAGGAAGACCCUGCUGUCCAGACAUGGAUCAGAAGAGCUUCCGGUCUUGCCCUUCUCCCCGUAAAUAUCGUCUAG